GUGUCAUGCAUACCAUCGCAUACAUAAUAUGUACACUAGAUAAAAGCGGUGUGCGCUGGCGCAAAUAAAAAAUAAACUCAUCGCUGGCCAUCCUUUCCUCUGAAAAAAGCGCGACAGUUAAAUCGUACGCACACUCGCUCACACGCACGUGAACGGUACGUACGCACACAUUUGUUACAACGCUUUAUUUUUUCUUGUUUCCGCCGAUAAGCGCCGUCUACGCGACGCAACGGCUCAGACAUACAUAUCGAUCAGCGUUUUGCUUUCAACGCGGCGCGAGUGCGUGUGUCGGCCUCGCCGCCGCCGCCGCCUCGCGCCCGCCGCGUCGCGACGCGCUUGCAAAUAUGCAAGUUCUAGGUCCAGCCGCGCCGCAGCGGCGAUAAAAAUAGCAAACAGUUGAACGAAAACGCAAGUGACAAGUGUCGCCCGACCACGACCACCAGCUGAACGCGGCGAACGCUGACGCAUCUCGCGCGCGCGUCCUGCACGCGUCCUCUUCUUCCUUCGGGAGCGCGGAUGCAGCGCACAUCGAGGCCGCUGGCAAGUUGCCCAUCGCGUGCGGUAAAGAUCACACGCUCGUGCCGAAUGCAGGCCGCGGGCCGCGAUCGAAAAUAAAGGUUGAAGGCCACCGGAAAGUCGAAAAAAGCCGGCGCGACCUUCCGCGGAGCGGAAAACAAUCCAUUCGGAGAUCGAUGCCGCGCCGCCAGGUGCGGCGUGUGUACGCGUGCUUGCUCUUCCGAUUAGCAAAUGGCUUGUUUGUUUACAUUGGCGAAUUUUUCGCGUAUUAAAGGCGAGCGUGCCGCGUGCGCAAUCUGCAACGCGACACUCGACACGCGUAGGCCUUGUAAUGCGCACACAUACACCCAGCGUAUAAUGACCUAUCCCAAGCGCGCGGGUAUGCCAGGCGACUUGUCCAAAAGUUGCGUCCAAACUUUCGGGAAAAACUAGCACACGCCGUUUGCAGAACCGCCUCGAUCUGGUAUUGGCCGCCACGUGAACCGCGACGUGCGCACGGCGCUGGGCUUCGCUUCUUCGAACUUUCAUGACUUUUUAACGAGCUUAUACUCACAGACACACACACACACACGCAUACGCACACAUUCCGCUUCCAUGCCAUUUGCAUUUCCAAUAAUAUGACGCGCGGCGCGCCGCGUGUGCCUUGACCCUUUUCGCGCAACGAAAGCGCUUCCUUGGCCGCCGCGGCGCACACGAUCGAAGAAUGGAUCGGCGCGUCGAUGGUUAUCUAAUCAAUUGGGCAUUGAACUGCGACGGCGCGCAUAAAUCAGCGCCGUUAGCGCCGUUCGCGACUUUCUUCUUGCCUUUUGUUUGGCACUAUCUGCGGAGAGCGUACAAUGUACACUGUUCGCUGUAGAAAUGACGAUCAAUGCCUCGGCGCGCAUGUGGCCUGUGUGAGAAGUGUGUUAUCCAGUGUUAUCUCUGAAAAAGUGUGCUAGUAGCUGGGUCGGACGGUGCGAGCGAAUUCGCAGUCGCAGUCGCGCGCGUCCACGGUAAUACGCGGAAUUCAAAACCUUCGACAAACACGCAAAUAAACGUCGAAUACAAACAUUCGUUUGCGUAUCGCCCGUGUUACGACACCAGCCUCACCGCACGUAAUAGCGUAACGUCUAUUUUCGCGACCACUUUGGCGAUUCUGAUAAUGCCUGUCGCCGGCAGUGAUAAUGCGCGAUACGUGCAGCGCCUAUAAUUGCCGCGCGGCGUGCUGUCGUUCAAGUUUGCGUUGAUUUGUUGACAAUGACGAUCCGGACGCGCCGAUAAUUGCUACACCUGCUGAAUGUACACCGUCGUCGGACGUGUCGCAACCCGGUCGCCGUGUGCCCAGUGCAAGUACAGGUCGUGCGAUAUGCGCCAUUCGCAUGCACGCACAAUUUCCCGACAAUUGAACUUUUGGCGCGCGUUGCGCAUUGUUAUUUACAUCGGACGUUCAUUAACAGGCCGCGACAGUGUGCGUGUGAAACCGUUGGCGUUCGCUGCUGACUCGACCAAGUACCAUUUUCUAAACAAAACAAUCAACACAACCGCAUGGCAUGUGCGAGCGUGCGCUUUCGAUUUCGACGCUGAAUUAACCAGCCGCUGAUGGAGACGACGAUCUUCCGGCAGUCAGCUGGUCCUGGUCCCGCAGCACUCCUCCUGGUGGAUGCCCCACCGCUCUUCACGCCCGAGGCAGAAGAUUGAUUUCUGAUUAACCGCCGCUGCCCAACAAAGGCCGGUCAUUGAUGACCGAUCCGCGGGAAUUACAAUUGCCGCCACCGUUUACGUACUCGCCGCUCCUCCGAAGGACGCUUCCUCUGUCAAAAGGCACUGCGCCCAGUAAAGAUCCCCGAUUAAGAAUCUCAACGACCGUUUCUUUGCUCUAGAACACAAACGACAGCGUCGAUUCUGAGCACAAUGGAGACGACGCCCGACGUGACGGAGUCGUCCAACAGCGCCGAUUACAAUCGCAACAACUCCUCCGCGACUAUCCCCAUCGAGGAGAUAGACGCGGUGCGAGGACAGUGCGGGAAGUUGCUCUCGCAGGAUACGACCUCGCGGCGCGUAUCGAUCAUGUCUUCGGCCAGCUCGCGUUCAUCGAUGAGCGACCUGUGCGAUCACGACGAGACCGACCUCGCGGCGGACAAGCCGAAGAUCCCGGAUGGGGGCUGGGGGUGGGUUGUCGUGUUCUCGUCGCUCAUCAUCUCGAUGAUCGCGGAUGGUGUGUCAUUUUCAUUCGGCCUGCUGUACAUUGAGUUCCUGAAGGAGUUUGGUGCGUCCAAGUCGACCACUUCCUGGAUUGGCAGUCUGUUCAUGGCGGUGCCAUUGAUUACCGGCCCGAUCAUGAGCGCAUUGGUGGACAAGUACGGCUGCAGGAAGAUGACCAUCGCUGGCGGGCUGAUAUCGGCUACCGGGUUCGUGAUAAGCGCGUUCAUUGAUUCGAUCGGGUGGAUGCUGGUGACUUUUGGCGUGAUUGCUGGGCUCGGUUUGGGGCUGUGUUACGUGACCGCGGUGGUGAGCAUUGCUUAUUGGUUUGACAAGAAGCGCACACUGGCGACGGGUUUGGGCGCAAGCGGCACCGGGAUGGGCACGUUUAUCUACGCCCCGAUGACGCAGUUCUUUAUCGAUUACUACGGCUGGCGCGGCACUGUCCUCUUACUGGCGGGCACAUUUUUGAAUUUCUGUGUGUGCGGCUGCCUGAUGAGGGAUCCGCAGUGGUGGAUUGAGGAGCAGAGCAAAAACACCAGCAAGAAAACAUCGAGCUGCGCAUCGCUGUCGGAGCGAAGCAUGCCGGAGGACUUUCCCGACUUGGAAGAAAUACGUAACCUGCUGAAGCAGUCCAAGAACGACGAAUAUCUUUUACAGAAUUUGGUUACAUCAAUGGAGUCGCCCCGUAACCAAAAUGGCGGCGGCAAAUCGGAUCAUCAUAGAUCUGAUUUUAACUUGCCAACGUUUGUUAAACAAAACGAAAAAGUGCCUAUUGAAGUAUUGGAGAAAUUAAAAGCCAAUAAGAAACUUUACCGUGUGAUUUUGGAGAAUUAUCCGAGCCUUUUAAUGUCGCGCAGUACGUCGGACAAAGCGUUGGAUACGGUGAAUCUGCAUCAGAUCGUCACGCGCGUGCCAGUUACCUUCUCAAUGAAGCUGAAGAAGGCUUCCGAGGAACCUACCAGCAAAUUAUUGGUCCACCAGCAAUCAUUGCCGAUGGAACCAUUGCACGAACCGCUGUUAAUGCGCAAGACGUCAAUGGAGGAGAAAUUCAUGGACCCCAACGUCAAUUCCAUGCACGUGCCGUGGAUCAAGAAGCAAUUCACAUCCAACCACUAUUAUAAGAACAUUCGUCUGCAUCGCAACUCCAUUAUGUACCGGGGUGCCAUGUUAAACAUUCGUAAAUAUCGCAUUCGGGCUUCCAGCUGUCCCAACAUCUACAAGAACUCCAUGACUACUCUGGCAAAGGAGAGUUCAGAGAAAUGGUACACGGAGUUCGUAGAGUUGCUGAAAGGCAUCGUGGACUUCAGUCUCUUCCUGGAGCUGCAUUUUCUGCUGAUGUCCCUUUCGACGAUCCUUCUCUUCAUCUGGUUCAUAGUGCCUUACUUCUACCUGGCCGAGCAUCUCACCAGUACGCUGAACUACACCCAGUCGGAGGCGUCGCAUGUUAUCUCAGUGAUUGGCAUCACAAACACCAUUUCAAUGGUGGCGCUUGGAUGGGCCGGCGAUCAGCCAUGGAUGAACAUCAAGAAGACCUAUGCCGUGUGUUUAGUGCUCUGCGGUUUAUCGUGCAUCGGGAUGUACAUCUUUGCCGGAAAUUACAUUCUCCUGCUGGUCACCAGCGCUCUCUUCGGCCUGUUUUUCGCGAGCAGCUUCUCCUUCACUCCGGUGAUCUUGGUGGAGCUGAUACCAUUGGAGCGGUUUACAACCGCGUACGGCCUCACGCUGCUGUGUCAAGGCAUCGGUAACCUGCUCGGCCCGCCUAUUGGUGGCCUGCUUUUCGAUGUGACCCAAUCCUGGGCGCUGUCCUUCUACCAGGCCGGCUUGUGGAUCAUUGUCGCCGGGGUGCUAAUUGCCAUUAUUCCGUUCACGAAGAACCGAAAAAUUAUCGGCACCGGCCCGGUAGAGAAGGAGCUAAUGGCGAGCGAGCGCGUGAGUCUGGCCUAGGACGGUUUUUCGAUUAGUUUUAAUUACGAACGUAUUUCGAUCGUUCUCUAGCCAUUUACGGCUAUUAGCUAGUUAAAUCCCAGCACAAAUACUCGUUCAGCAACACCAGCCCACAGUCCGGGGUUCAGCAUAAACUGAUCUUCUACAUCGAUAGUAUUUCAGUAAUCAACACUACUUUAAUUUACGAAACUUCAGUAUUUUUGCGUGAUUAAUCUAAUCUUAAUAGGUACAUCGUAAUUUAUCUUUGUGAACGUGUGAUGAUGCAAUUACAUAAACGUGAAACAGUAUUGUGAUACACAACAGUCGGAGCAAACAAAACCCUGAUGCGGGAUUACCAUUUUUAUCGUCAAGCAAAUACAAAUCGUAAUGGCCCUUUCACCAUGUUAAUUUCCCAGCGUGCGUCAACAAAGCACGAUUGUCAUGCAUGCAAGCAAUUCAUUUCUCAGACUAAUAGAAACAACGACAAAUUAAUGAUUGAUGGCGUGUGUACACGCGCUAUAGUCAAAUGUGUGCCACGAUGAUACGAAAACGCCUAGAAUAAACGAAUAAUCAACUACCGAAAGCAUCACAGGAAAAAUUGUUGACGCGCCAAUCGCCAAGUCCCGUACCGGACGUCUCGAGGAGUCCCUCAUAUCCACUGCAAUUGUAAAAAAACAAAAUUAAUUAACGUCAGACGCCUUUGUUUGUACUUACAUUACCAUGUGCGAUUAAACAACAAUAACAAUGGUGGAUGAAUCAUGAUCAUCAUCCUUGGCUCGAAAGAAAUGGAAAUAAAUAAAUUCAGCAAUUUUACAGUCGAAUCAUAGUGUCUAUUUAUUCGGCUUUUUCAAUUGGUUUAUAAUACUUGUUUCUAUUUAUGGUAGAGUUAUUUAUUAUAUUGAUGUUUAUUGAUGUUA